CGGGUGACUUUCCCAACUGACCAAUCACAGCGCGGUAUUUCGGAAUCGUCCCUCCCGCGCACGCGCACUGUGGCUCACAUUUUUCCAAGAUGGCGUUAGGAGAAGCAUGACUAGCAAGCUUUAACCUGCAAACAUGGCUCGCGUUCAAACGGACCAGUUGACGUUUGGGGACUUCACAACUGGCCUGAGUGCAGAAGAACACAGCCGAGUAUGUGGCAUCCUCAGGGCACAGUCACCCAACAAGAGAGUGGAGUUACCCUGGGAAGAGCAGCGCAGAAUCCUUACAGCAGCCGCACCUGCGCCCACAGCCAUCCCUGAGGUUUCCGCAGUAGAGGACCAAGUUGCCCACGCGCCCGCUCCAGGCUAUGUAGACUCCGCCCCAGCUUCUCUGCGCCAGCCGGAUUACGUCCAGAUUUCCGCGAGCAACCGCGUGGACUCGUCCUCGGAGUCCAGCUACAUAUCGAGUUCCGACAAACAGGGAUAUUACCAGAGCCCCACAGACUCUGUUGCCAGCAGCGAAUCAGAAUCCGUGCAAGGAAAAGACACAGUGAAAGACGAUAGCAAUGGAAACGGGAAUAAUUUUAACGGAAGCGCCAAGCCAAAGGAGAGGAGAAACAAAAAGAAGCGCCCGCCGAACUAUUACAAGGAUCUGGAGGCGGGUGCCGCAGAGACAGUCGUUACAGAGGUUCCCGCGUCGUUGCAGAGACCGGUAGAGAAUCACGUGGACGUGAGACCGCAGAGAAUACCAGAGAGCUCGGGACAGACCGAACCCGUCGGCGCGAGCCAUCAAUAUGUGCCUGUGAAAGACGUAGCGAUCAGUAAUAAUCCCAGCAAUGUUAGCGUAACCCCCCUCCCAAACGACGUGCCUGCUAGCCCCCUACAGGAACCGCCCAGGACUAUUUUGAAAACGAUAGGGGAAUCCGAGAUCAAACACAGACCAAACGUAGACCCCGUCGUUCCUUCUCCUAGCGUAAUGGUCGUUCCAAACGGACCCGUGUCGCCGUUACCCGUGCCAGCAGAUGCCGUUAAACCCUCUGCUGUAGACACUCCCGAAGUUAGCAGUCAUUCGAACCCAGCAGAGGCAAUAAAGGAGGAAGAGGCUGGCAGACAUGUGUCAAAUCCUUCCCAAGAUGCACCUGCAGCAGGAAAUUCCCACAAUGCAAUGGGAGAGAGCCAGGAGGAUGCAAAAAGCGUGGAGGCUGUCAAUCAAAGCGAUGACAGCCAAUCGGAGCAGUCUGUAAAUAAUUCAAAUCCGCCUGCCGUGUCCUCGCCUCCCCCGACCGUUCCUAAAACAUGGGCAGGAUUGUUUAAAGGGUCAAGUAGUCCACAGAUGGCCCAUAAUACUCCUAUAGCGUACGUGGCACACGUGGGGAACGACGAAUCUGCGCCCGCUACCGGCCCCACACCGGCCCAAGGCCCCACAGGUGAACCCCAAGCCAAGCUUGCUGAGAAGACGGUCGUGCCGCCAGAGGAUGAUGACCACAUAAGGGGCCUUGGAGAAUACCUAUUGGAGCCCAAGGUGAGCCACAAACCAGUGGCCCUGCAACCACGUGGACUGGUCAACAAGGGCAACUGGUGCUACAUCAAUGCUACCCUCCAGGCCAUGGUAGCCUGUCCCCCCAUGUACAACCUCAUGAAGAACAUGCCCCUCCCCUCCUCGCCAAACAAGAGGGGCCCCACUGCCACACCCAUCUUGGACUGCUUGAUGGAGUUUACAAGUGAGUUUGGAUCCAUGCCCAAUUCUCAAAAGACCAUAGCUGGUAAGAAACCUGCCCAGGACUUGAGACCAGGGAGCCCCUUUGAACCGACCUAUGUAUACCACAUGUUGUCACUUAUCAAGUCUACACUGUCUUCCAAGGGUCGGCAGGAGGAUGCAGAAGAGUUUCUGUCCUGCGUGCUGAACGGCAUCCAUGAAGAGAUGCAGGUGGCCAUGAAGAUGGCACAGAAAGAUAACCAGCCCAAGAUGAACGGCGAGUUGACGCCAAAGUCUGACGGUCCCUCCUCCCCCACCCCCCGGGAGGACGGAGCGGUGGAGGGGUUCAUGAUGGAACAGGAAGAGGGCGAUGAGGACGAGUGGGAACAAGUGGGACCAAAGAACAAGUCCACUGUCACACGGACUGCCAACUUUGUCAGGACCCCAGUAUCGGACAUCUUUGGUGGCCAGCUGCGCUCCAUCUUUCACCAGCACGGCACCCGAGAGUCGGCCACCUUGCAGCCCUUCUUCACACUGCAGCUGGACAUCCAGUCUGAGAAGAUUUGGACAGUGAAAGAUGCCCUGGAGGCCAUGGUGACCAAGGAGACAAUCCAUGGUUACACAUGCUCCAAGACCAAGCAAGAGGUGGAGGCAUCCCGGCGCAUGAUGAUCGAAGAACUUCCCCCAGUCCUGGUGCUGCACCUGAAACGCUUCGUCUACGACAAAACGGGCGGUUCCCAGAAGGUGCAGAAGAGGGUGGACUUCAACAUCGAACUGGACAUUAACAAAGAACUGCUGUCGCCAGCAGUGAAGAACAAGCUCCACCAGGGCCAGCGUACCUACCGCCUGUUCGCCGUGGUCUACCACCACGGGAAGAACGCCACGGGCGGACACUACACCACCGACGUGUUCCACGUGGGCAUCAACGGUUGGCUCCGCUUCGACGACCAGAACGUGAAGGUGGUGACCUCGCAGCAGGUGAUGAAGUACACCCCUCCGCGUGUGCCAUACCUCCUGUACUACCGCCGCUGUGACCUGAUCUGAGGCGUCUCCAUCUCGCAAUGCCAAGUGUUUCCUUUUUUUACUGACGGCAUCUUACGACCGGACUAUGGAGUUUGAGCCCUCGAGAAAGCGCGAGGAGCAAUGAAGCUGCUUUACGUCGUGACUAAGACCGGCAGCGAAAUGACUCGAAUAGCUUGAAUGUCGACACUUCGCUCUGGACGAAGGUUGACAAUUAAUGCUGCUGACCUACUACUAGUAUGAAGAAGAGCGUCUAAUCAUAAUGCAGCUAUACGAACUAUAAUAUAAGAUGCAUCAAGCAAGUGGGAAAGAGAGACCAAGACAUACUGGGAAAGGAUUUAAGUGUAUUCCAACGAUAAAGGAGUAUCGGUGCUUUGAAGACUUUUGUACAGGCUUGGUUGUUUUACCACAAAACGUAGACUUAAGCUUGUAAUGGCACACUGCUCCUUAUCGUUAAUAUGUAGGGAUGUUCACUACAGACAUCUUUACAGUUGAUAAAUGUAGAAGCUGUACAGUAUGGCUUCAGAUAUCUGAAACUUGACUGCACUUAUUUGAAAGACGAAACGACUCCUUAGAUAAGAGAUUUCAAUUUCAACAUGCAGUUAAAUUGUCUGUACUUGUAGGGCUUUGUCGUAUUUAGGAGGAUCAAAUUUUCUUGGGGAAGAGUGACUCUGGGAAAGAUGAUGCCCAAAGUUCUGAAGAACAUGUCAUAGAUACGUUGGGAUAGUUUGUCAUGAAAAAGGUUUUGGAUAACUUAAAGUGUAAAAACAAAAAUUCACGAAGAGAUUGAGCUAAGGUAUUCAUUGACUGAAUAUACUUUUCAAAUGACAAGAAGUUAUCAAGAGCAGAAAGUUGAUAAAAAGCAAGGGUGUGUACAAGCUCAUGUUUUGCCAAGUUGCAGCUUUUUCCUGCCACCAAGGCAACAUUUUCAAACUGCUCCGAGGCAAACAUUGAAACGUUAAUGAAACUUAGAUGCUGCCAGCAAAGUGUGCUGCAUCAUUGAGCAGCCAAUCAGUGAUUUACAAGCAAGAGAGAAGGCUGUGCAUGCUUGAAGAAGAAUGAGGAACCUUUAUAUUUUGUACCAAACUGAAUAGAAAGUAACCUUCGUAAGAUACGUAGGUAAAUAAAAGAUAUUGAGAAAAAGCAGCAACGUCCUGAGAAAGGAAUAUAUUAGAUAUACAUUUCUUUCGUAAAUGUCUGAUAUGAAAGUGGUAUGUUGAUGUGGCAAACAUUGUGCCAGUUGCGUUUCUGAGAAUUUGCAAAGAAAACUGCAGAUUCGUACUUUAAAGAAAA